AUGUCGCUUCCGACGCCCCGGAAGCCUCUGCCACCGAAUCCCUGGGGCGGGCAGGGCCGGGCCUCGGGGGCGGCCACGGGCGGGGGCGACGACCGGCAAGGUCUCGGGGGCUCAAGGAGGGGGAAGUCCACCGGCAGCCUCCCGGAAAAGAACUCAGAAGCCCGGCGGAGGGGGGGGGGGGGAGCGGCGGCCCCGCAACUUCCCUCCCCGCCUCGAGCGCUGCCGGCCGGGCCCGGGCCUAGGCCUCCCUGGCCGCCGCCGCCGGAGCCGGUGCCGAGCCCGCUACGUGCUCCCGCUGGGCCGCCGCCGCCUCCUGCGCCGCCGCUUCCGCCGGUGAAUGGUCAGCGCUGGAGUUUGAACAGGGCCCUGAACCAUCUCAACGCCAUUUGCGCUCCGGCCCCCACCUCCUUCCUCCAACAGCCGCUCGCUCCGUCACUCCGCUUCCCACAGGCCCCGCGCGGCCGCCCGACCCCGCAGCCAAUCGCGCGGCCGCUUACUCAAACCGCCGCGCAGGCGCCGCGCCCCGCAUGCCCCGACGCCCGCCAUUGGCCCAGCGCGGGGCCCGACGGGAGUUGUAGUCCCGGUCCGCGAGGUCACGGCGCCGAGAGCCCCCGCGCCGGAGCUGGCGGCUGGCGGAGCGGCGGUGGCUGUGGCGGUGGCGGUGGCAGUGGCGGGACCGGCCGGUAUCUGGGGACGGUGGGUCGUGCAGCUGCGCCGGGCCUGCUGGGACCGCCGCCCGGGAGCGGGGAGACUGGGAGCUUGCGGCUCGGACCCGCGGGCCACUUCGGCGAGGAGCGGGAGGCGCAGCCUCCUGACCGCCGGGUAACGAGCGGUGUCGGGCCGGCGUCAGCUCCGUCCCCUGCGUCCUGGCUUUUCAGUCUCCCCCUGCCUGCCUGCCUGCCUGCCUGCUUGCCCCUGCUUAGCAGUGACCCCCAGGAUAUUGGAUGGCAUUAAAGAAUUAUCGUUACCCUUGUGCACUGUGA